AUAUUAAAAUUUGUGCUAAAAAAGUUUUGGACAUGAAGCAUAAAUGUCGCAUUUAAAUGGACCAGAAAGCUGGAUGAAAUAUAAGCUUACAGAAGGGAUCGAAGGCGAAGAAAGCGGCGACACGACAACGAUGCGAUGCACCUCCCUACCUCAAAGGCAGAACAGAACGAUGCAUCUCCUUUUCUGCCUCCCAAGUGCUCAACUGUCUUCUAACCGUUUCCUUAUCUUCCUCCGGACCUCAAAGGCAGAACAGAACAAUGCAUCUCCUUCUCCUUUAUCAGCCAUCUCUCUCCAUCUCUUCCAAAUCCCAUCAACGCAGUAAGAACGACGACGACGAUGCUGACCUCUAGGAUGAGUACAGUCUUCACUAUUGCCUUCCUCAGCCUCAGUCUUUCUUCUUCCACCUUCCCCAUCGUCGCCGGACACAAGAAGAGUCAUGACCGCAUUAAUGCUCCCCUGCUCACUUCAAAGAUCGCCGCGAAUCGCUCCAUCAUCGUCGGUCCGUCGGAGGAAUUCAAGACGGUGCAGGCCGCCAUCGACGCCGUGCCGGAGGGCAACAAGGAGUGGAUCGUCGUCCACCUCAGGGCCGGCAUCUACAGGUUUCACCAUAUAUCCGCAUUCCAUGUCGAAUUUCAUGGUUUGAUUAACAUAUUUGUGUGCGUACGUAGGGAAAAAGUAGUGAUCCCGGAGGACAAAGAUUACAUUUUCCUGCGAGGAAGUGGAAAAGGAAGAACCGCCAUCGUUUGGGACGACUCCUCCACCAACAACACCCUCUCCUCCACCUUCAUAGUUUGGGCCGACAACUUCGUCGCCUUCGGCAUUAGCUUCAAGAAUGAUGCCCCAAUGGGCGUCGCCAACACGCCUUACAACCAGUCGGUGGCCGCCAUGGUGGCUGGCGACAAGGCCGCCUUCUACCACUGCGCCUUUUACAGCGCUCACAACACCCUCUUCGACUACAGAGGCAGGCACUACUACGAGAGCUGCUAUGUUCAGGGCAACAUCGAUUUCAUCUUCGGCCGAGGACAAUCCAUUUUCCAGAGUUGCGAGAUAUUUGUUCUACAAGACAACAGGAAGAAGAUACUCGGCUCGAUCACAGCUCAAAACAGGGAAUCUGCUGAUGAAACCAGUGGCUUCGUCUUCCACAAGGCAAAAGUUUAUGGCGUCGGCGAUGUGUAUUUGGGUCGAGCAAAAGGAGCUUACUCUCGCGUGAUUUUUGCGGAGACUUACCUCUCCAAGACGAUCACUCCAAGAGGGUGGACUAAUUGGAGCUACGAUGGGGAAACCGACAAUUUACUGCACGGCGAGUACGAGUGCCAUGGUCCGGGAAGCGAACUGGGUUCUCGAGUUUCCUGGUCGCAGCAGCUGACGAAGGAAGAGGCUUCGCCUUUCUUGAGCAUUGAUUUCAUCGAUGGAAAGGAAUGGCUUCCAGCGUAUUAUUGAUUCGAACACUUUUUUCUUUCCCCUAAUGUUUGUAAAUUGAUAAUGAAGCAUGGCAAAAUUUCGAGCUA